AUGGCCACUGAAGUUAGCAGCAGCCAGGUCAUCUCUGCCAGCCAUCACCCGCAGCCACAACCGCAGCAAGCGCCAUCCUCGCAGGCCCAGCCAAGUCAGGCUCCCCAGCAGCAGCUUCACCAGACUCACCAGUCUCAGGGAGGAUUGUCGUCGACACAGGCUCAUGGAACUCGCCAGUACACCGCCAGUACUUCGCGCCCGAGUAACCGUGGAAACCGAGGCUACAAUCACAGCAGCAAUAGCCGUGGCUAUAACAGUGAACGCAACCAACAAGGCUAUGGAGCUCCGGUGAAGAUUCACUACAGCAACAGCAUGAACGGUGGCUACCCGAAUCCAAGUCGCUUUCCAAUGAUUCGACACUACAAUAGUGGCGCUACGAACGUAACUCUCACCCCUAAUCCGUCGUUCACUCUUUCUAACCCACUGGUUCCGGCUGUUUCUGCCAAUCAUUUUCCGCAGAAUCAGUUUUCUGGCAUUUCAAACCAAACUACUUUUGAUGAGCCUGGGCAUGGCCUCUUGCAGAACCCGGGACAGAGUUUCGAUCCGCAGCAACAGCCAGGCCAGCAGUUGGUUCCACAUCGCAAUCAAAUGCAGUGGAAUAACAGUCAAGUUCCAGUUCCGAACAGUCUUGCAGUCAUGGACCAGCAGCAUGCUGCCGAGAUGAACGGAGGAGUGUUUGGCGAAAACACUAUUGGAAACUAUCAAAGCCAGCCGAUGCAGCAGCAGCAGCAACAGGCGCAGCCAUUGCAUCACCAGCAGCAGCCACAGUUUUCACCGGCGCAAACUUACUUCCCGUACCAUGGUCAAUUUGGUGGAGGUGGACAGGCUGGUGUCAAUCCCAACAUGUUCUUUCCGCAUCUCAACCAGUUCUACGGUAAUCCGGCUCAGAACUUCCUUCCUGGUUUUGGGCCUUUUCAGCCACAGUUCAUGAAUCAAGCGGGUUACAAUCCCUAUGCUAACGGCGCUGCUUCAGCUGCUACCGGCGCCGGGCAUGGCGCAAGCAACUUUAUUUGCUCUGUGUGCAAGCAACAAAUGCAAGCCAGCGAAGUUCAAGCUGCUUCUGAGGUAGCCGCCACUGAGAACAAGGCUUCAAUUGAACCAGCUCACGAGUGA